AUUUAGAAAAUUUGGCAUGUAUUUCUCCUUACUCGACAGUCAUGGAGCAGCUGGUAACAUCUCUAUCUUAAACAUGCGUGUAAAACAACAUACAAACAAAAACGGAGCCUGAAAAUCAAGUUUUUAAAUUAAUUAAACUUUGACUAGAAUUUAUUGUACCAGUACUUGAUUUUCUGCAAAGUCCAAUCAUUUGCACUGAAUGGCAUUUUUUUUAAAGGAACAAAACAAUCCAUGAGAGAUAAUGCAUGUAUGCAGCCAGGUCAGCAUGUGUUAAAUAGUAAUGACAGUCAGUUUUCAGAGCAAAAACUAAAUCAUAUACGUAUAUGUCUAUAGAGAAAGGGUCAUUCUGUUUUCAAUCAUUGCAAAAGGCAGAUGUACUACUAGCAGAAUCGAUCCGCAGGUAAACUGCUUAGUCAUGUUUCCAUUAACACGUUAAAUACCUAUGUCACUUCUCAAUAGAUCCAGAGCUAAACACAGUGGUUUUCAUUUUAAAUAUAUAUACUCAACUGUUUGUGUGCUGUUAUUGUGGAAUUUACACAGUUUUAAUUCAAUUCAACACCAAUCCAAAAUGUAUACCUAAAUUGUUGAAGACGAAUCAAAUUCAAAAUGUCUGCACAGGAAGUGUAUGAGUCGAAGUUGCAGACGGACUCUACUUCUUGUUACCGCCCAAAGGCAGUAACCACCGAAAAGCCUGCAGAUGGGAGCAUGCAUUUCACCAUCAUGAAACAUCCAAAGGAAGCUUUAGAAGUGAUGAGUACUCUCCGGAGGCUUACAAAACUUUGUGAUGUCACUCUUUUGGUGGGGGAGGAAAAAUUCCUGGCUCACAAGAUUGUGUUAGCUGCAGCCAGUCCAUAUUUCCGUGCCAUGUUCACAGGAGGGAUGAGGGAAGAAGAAAUGACGACCAUUCCUUUGCAUGGGAUCACGCCAUGCACGUUAGCAACGCUCAUAGAGUUUGCAUACACGGCAGAAGUUCGUGUUAGUGAAAUGAACGUUUGUUAUCUUCUACCAGCAGCCACAAUGUUUCAGAUGAAUCAUGUUGUGGAAGCAUGUAGUGUCUUUCUUGAACAACAACUAGACCCUAGUAAUUGUAUUGGUAUAGCAGAUUUUGCUAGUGAACAUGGUUGUAUAGAAUUACAGACAAAAGCAAGAGAAUUUAUUUUCAAAAAUUUUUCUGAAGUGAUAAAAUGUGAUGAAUUUCUAACGCUUUCACCAUGUCAACUUAUAAACUUAAUCAAACAUGAUGAACUUAAUAUUCGAUGUGAAUCUGAGGUGUUCGAUGCUGUGAUACGAUAUGUUCAACAUGAUCCUGAUAAAAGGAUCUGCAAGUUAGAGGGAUUACUCUAUGCUGUUCGAUGCCAUUUUCUGUCUCCCAUGUUUUUGGAGAAACAGUUGAAUCAUUGUAAUAUUCUCAAGAAAAUGCCCCAGUGUCAAGAAUAUUUAUCCAAAAUUUUCCAAGGAUUAAAACUUCAUCAGACGUGUCCAGAAAAACCUAGGAAACCAUGUUCACCUCUAGUCAUAUUUACCGCCGGUGGUUACUUGCGACAAUCCCUCAGUAAUUUUGAAUACUAUAAUCCCUCCUCAAAUCAGUGGACAAGACUUCCCGAGUUACCCACUCCAAGGAGUGGUCUGUGUUGUUGUAUUGUGAAAGGUUCAUUCUUCUGUGUUGGAGGCAGGAACAACUCUCCUGAUGGAAAUAUGGACUCCAAUGCCCUUGAUGUGUUUGAUCCCAUCAGAAAUAUCUGGCUCUCCAGAUGUCCAAUGACAGUCCCCAGAAAUCGUGUAGGAAUUGGUGUGAUUGACAAUAUGAUAUAUGCUGUUGGAGGGUCACAAGGUCAACAGCAUCAUUCUUCUUUGGAAAGGUAUGACCCUGACUUAGACCGAUGGACAAUGCUGGCUUCAAUGGCCACCAAGCGAAUAGGAGUGGGAGUUGCCGUGGUGAAUAGGUUGUUGUUUGCUCUUGGUGGUUUUGAUGGAAGCAACAGGUUGCGAAGCAUGGAAUGUUAUGACCCAGAGAAGGAUGAGUGGCACUUCGUGGCUCCCAUGAAUACGACUCGUAGUGGUGCUGGAGUAAUUGGCAUGGAUUGUUACGUGUAUGCAGUUGGAGGGUAUGACAGUAGCUGUCAACUGAGCUCUGUGGAGCGGUAUUGCACAGUCACCAAUCAGUGGGAGUUUGUAGCCCCCAUGAGGAGCCCCAGGAGUGCUCUAAGUGUAGCUGUAGUCAACAGUAAACUUUAUGCUUUAGGUGGUUAUGAUGGACAAGAGUUUCUAUCAACAGUAGAGUGUUAUGAUCCGGACAAAAAUGAGUGGACAGAAGUGACAAACAUGACUUGUGGCAGAAGUGGACAUGGGGUGGCAGUGGGCGCUGAACCCUGCCACUCCUGACAUACGUAACUGUGUCUAAAAUUAUUGUCCAAUCUGCCAUCCUGAUGCUUGUGAUAGGAACUGUUCAAAUUUGGCAUAAUACACCACAGGCUCUAAGCAAGAAACUUAUGUACACAGGCCAGUUAAACAGCCAAUCCAGAAAGACAGAGACAUGCUUAAAAACACCAAACCUGUUACAAAUACCACAGUAUUAGUUUGUAUUUCCCUGUUAUUGCUGCUAUUAUGUUUCCUUCCUGUGGAAAACAAGAUGUCAGCGACCUGUCAAUGGUACAUGUAAUAAAUCAAACAACUUCGAACAUGGAUUUCUAACAUUUGAUACCAAGAACUUAGAGUGCUAAAAAUCUUAUAACAUGGAGAAAAGGUGAAAAAUUAAAGAAGGAUGUUAAGUAUUUGAAAAUUAUUUUUGCAUUGUAACAGAGAUUUCAUUAUUAUUUUCUCAUGGAAUAUUUAAGUUGCUCCACAAAGAAUAGCAUGUUACAUGUAUUACCAAGAACAAUGUAGCCACUAAUCUGAUGCUAGCAUAGGAGCACUCUGGGUCGGUAGUUUGACCUUUCUUUGGGUCAGUAGUUUGACCUUUUAUUAUGGUGACCUCCCUAUUUAUUUUAUCAUUUUAUUUUUAUGAAUGUUUGUGAUAUUGAUCAGCAAUUGACAAAUACAAGAUAAAUCAUUGGUGCUAUUGUUGUCGGCAGGCAAGUCAGUCUGCGUAGUUAUUAAAGGGUGUAGUCACAUCCUGUUGUUAUGUUUUAUUCUGCUGCAUACCAGAUUAAUAUUGUCAUUAUGGAGAAUUCCCUCUGUAGAAAUUCAAAGCAUCUUUUUGUAAUAAUUACAAAAUAGGUUAUUUCCUAUCUUUUGUUAGACAUUAUAAUGUAUAAUACUGGAGAUUAAUUCAACUUAGACAACAUACCACAUUUCAUAUUUUUCUCUUUUUUCCUUCAUUUUCUGAUCAUUUUCGGAAGGAUUGAUGCUGCGUAGUGAAGUGUUUUACCAAAUAUAAGCCACCAUAAUUUAUUUUUAAAAACCUCACUGAAUGUUGUGAUGCAAACCUUACCAUUACAAUGAAUUUUAUCUGGUUCAAACCAUUUCAUUUCUGGGAUUUUUUUCCUUUGUUUUUUUGUUUGUGUAUGCAGUCCUCUACUUGAGGUCCUGAUGAUCGUUUAAAUGCAGUGUUAUCAUGUUACGUUAAUUUUUGAAAAAUAAGAAAUGAUGCAUAAAAAAUGUGAAAAAAUAAAAAUGAUAUACAUUCAA